UAAUUUUGCCAAUUGUUUUAAUUAACCUUUUUUUACUCAAAACUAAUCAAAUUAAAAUUAAAAUUUUAGAACAUAUUGUACUUAUAAUAUUAAUAAUAAUAACUUUCAUAAUAACUAACAAAAUUAUAAUGAUGAAGAUUAAUAUGAAGAAGAUGAUUAUGACUAAGAUUAAGAUGAUAAUAAUGAUUAAUAAAUGUAUGAUGACGAUUAGUAAAUGUAUGAAGAUGAAUCUUAAGUAUAUGAAGAUGAUGAUGAUGAAGAAGAAGACGAAGAAAAUUAAAAAGGAUUAACUAAAGAAGAAAUUAAUUCUAUUCCUUGCAUUAUAUAUACAAGGAGAAAAAUUAGAAAUAAAUAAGAUAAAAAUGCUAACUUUUCUACUAAAACAAGCUGUUCAAUUUGUAUUAAUGAUUAUUCAGAAGGCGAAUAUAUUAAGAUUCUACCUUGUUCUCAUUAAUUUCAUAAGAAUUGUAUCGAUAAAUGGUUUUAAGAUAAUUCUAAUUGUGUGGUUUGCAAAUAAAAUGUGAUUUAAUGA